UGUCCAGAUCCAUUUUUGUGAUGCGUCGUAGAAUAAAUCAAGUGCAGUAAACAAAUGGUGACGGUGUUUGUGGCCAGCGCGACGGCAAUUGCAAUACAAGUAACUAUGAAUUGAAGCGAAAGUUGCAUAACACGUCGCUGUCGCGGUAGUGUCCCGCAGUCGCAAUUUCCAGAAAACCACACCACACACGCACACACACAGACGCAGCAGACAAGAGCAGCGCGGCGGAAAAAGUGUGAAAAACUAUAGCCGCAACAGCUAAUCGCAGGCGAAUCGAAUGUGCAUUUCGCGUCUCACAUAGCCAAUGUGCUGUGGCAGCCGCAGCGAGCGCUCCCCGUUCCCCAUUCCGCCUCCCCACCACCCACGCCAUCACCACCACCAAUACCAACACCAACACCAGCACCAACACUAACGCACUCGCCUUGUACCACACAGCCGACAAAGAAAUAGCGCUCUGCUUCUUCGUACAGUUCCUACGACGGCAGCGCUUGAGUCAGCAGUCCGCAAAGCAAGAGGAAGAGUGCGGAGAGGAGAGGAGAAAUCAGGCAGCAAGCAGAAUCUGUGUGAUCCAUCUGUGGCGGCGCGCAAUAAAGAGGCUUGCAUGUGAAACUACACAACGGAAAGGGCAAAGCAAUCAGCAACGGCAGCGGAGGCGGCGGCGGCGGCAAUGAGUCUCAUGGCGACGCCAAUGCCCACGGGCAGCUCCACGAGUGCAGGCUCCUCCGGCUCGGCCAGUGCAGCGCCCGGCGCCAGCAGCAGCACUAGCACUAGCAGCAACAACAAUCUGCCAUUCGAGAAGGACAAGAUCUGGUACUUCAGCAAUGAGCAGUUGACCAACUCGCCCAGUCGCCGAUGCGGCAUCAAAGGCGACGACGAGCUCCAGUACAGGCAGAUGACCGCCUACCUGAUACAGGAGAUGGGCCAGCGGCUGCAGGUGUCCCAGCUGUGCAUCAAUACGGCGAUUGUGUAUAUGCACCGGUUCUAUGCGUUCCAUUCAUUCACCCACUUCCACCGCAACUCCAUGGCAUCGGCGAGCCUCUUUCUGGCGGCCAAGGUCGAGGAGCAGCCUCGUAAGCUGGAGCAUGUGAUACGAGCCGCCAACAAGUGCCUGCCACCGACCACCGAGCAAAACUACGCCGAUCUCGCCCAGGAGCUCGUCUUCAACGAGAACGUGCUGCUGCAGACGCUCGGUUUCGAUGUGGCCAUCGAUCACCCGCACACGCAUGUGGUGCGCACGUGCCAGCUGGUCAAAGCGUGCAAGGAUCUGGCGCAGACCUCCUACUUUUUGGCCUCAAACAGCCUGCAUCUGACCUCGAUGUGCCUGCAAUAUCGACCCACUGUGGUGGCAUGUUUCUGCAUUUAUUUGGCCUGCAAAUGGUCGCGCUGGGAGAUCCCGCAGUCGACCGAGGGCAAGCACUGGUUCUACUAUGUGGACAAGAGCGUGUCGCUGGACCUGCUCAAGCAGCUGACGGACGAGUUUAUAGCCAUCUACGAAAAGAGCCCCGCCCGCCUCAAGUCCAAGCUGAACUCAAUCAAGGCGAUUGCCCAGGGAGCCAGCAAUCGGACGGCAUCGAAGGACAACAAGCCCAAGGAAGACUGGAAGAUGAGCGAGAUGAUGAAGGGCUAUCACUCGAACAUCGAGCCGCCGCCAGAGCUGGCCCUGAAUGGAAAUGACAAUCGCGACCGGGAGCGAGAUCGUGAAAGGGAACGGGAACGGGAACGGGAACGUGAACGGGAACGCGAGCGCGAGCGGGAGCAGUCGACGCUUUUACCGCCGCCAGCGAUGGUGCCGCAGCAGAGGCGACCAGAUGGCAGCCAUCAGCGUUCAUCUUCCGCAAGCAAUGUGCCUCUCAGCUCCUCAUCAUCAUCAUCGUCGUCGUCGUCCGCUAGCCACAAUAAGUUGCCAAAUUACGCGGGUGGUCUGCCUCCCGAUGGUCAUCCAGAUCACAAGGGCAAGCAGCAGGGCUACAACAACCGCUUGCCCUCCGGUCACCAGCGGAGCAGCGGCAGCAUGGGCGCCACGGCCAGCGGAAGCAGUGGCAGUCAACGGAAUAGCUCAAGCUCGUCAUCCAGCCAGCAGCAGCCCGGCCGGCCGCCCAUGCCCGUUGACUAUCACAAGUCGCGCGGCAUGCCGCCGGUCGGUGUGGGUAUUCCUCCACAUGGUACUCACAAAAUGACCUCGAGCGGGAAGCCCCAGUCGCAGCAGCCGCCGUCAACGCAUCCAUCUGCCUCCAACUCAUCUUCAGCGGGCAUUUCCUCAAAGGAUAAGUCGCAAAGCAGCAAGAUGUACCCGAAUGCGCCGCCAUCCUAUAGUAACAGUGCGCCCCCCAAUCCCUUGAUGUCACGCGGAAGCGGAGGCUAUCCGGGUGGCAGCAACGGGGCACAGCCCCCGCCCCCGGCGUGCUAUGGCAGCAGCCAUCGAAGCAGCAAAUCCGGCUCCACCGUCCACGGCAUGCCGCCAUUCGAGCAGCAGCUGCCCUAUCCUCAGAGCCAGGGCUACAGUCACAUGCAGCAGCCGCAGCAACAGCAGCAGCAGCAGCUUUCCUUGGAAGCGCCUCCCCAGGCAUCGUCGCAGGCCAAGAACAAUUCCAUGUUCAGUCCCGAAUGGAGCGAUAUCAAGAAGGAGCCGCAAAGCCAGCCCUUCAACGGCCUCCUGCCACCUCCGGCUCCGCUGGGCCACGAUUUCAAGCUGAACAAUCAUCCGCGCGACAAGAACAGCCCCAAGAAGGAGCGCCUCACGCCCACCAAGAAGGACAAACAUCGUCCCGUGAUGCCCAUGACCAGCAGCGGUGGGGGCAGUGCGUCAGCGAAGAAUGCAGCCAUGAUGCCGCCGCACAAGAAGCCGCCGCAGCCGCACGGAGGGGAACUGCUGGCCAAUCCCAAUGAGAUCCGCGAUGUUGGCAAUUUGAAGCGGGCCAACGAAAUCUCAGGCAGUCAGUAUGGACUGAACAAGCUGGAUGACCUGGACGGCGGCAGCCUGCCGCGCGAGAAGCUCCGCAAACUGGAUAACAGCAGCGGCCUGCCCGCAUAUCCCAGCUAUGAGGAGAAGCACACGCCCCUGAAUAUGUCGAAUGGCAUUGAGACUACGCCGGAUCUGGUGCGUAGUCUGCUCAAGGAGAGUCUCUGUCCGUCGAAUGUGUCGCUCUUGAAGCCGGAUGCCCUCAUCAUGCCGGGACUAAAGCCACCAGCGGAACUCCUAGAGCCCAUGCCCACGCCGGCGACCAUCAAGAAGGAGCCGCUGAUGGGCAACAUGAAUGCCAUGUCCAAUCUCCUAGCCUCCGUCACCCCAAUGGAGGUGGACGCGCUCACCAAGCUGGGCGGCGGCGACCUCAAGGAUGACAGCAGCAGCAAGUCUGAGAAGAAAAAGAAGAAGGAGAAGCAUAAACACAAGGAGAAGGAUAAGUCAAAGGACAAGUCGGAUAAGGAGGAGCGCAAGAAACACAAGAAGGACAAGCAGAAAGAGCGCAGUGGCAAGGACAGCUCGCUGGCCAACGACUCCCUCAAGAUGGUGAUCAAGACCAGUGCCUCGACGAAUCCCAACGGCGGCCUCCAGGUGGGCACGGCGGCUCCCCUCAAGCUGAAGAUUAGCAAGAACAAGGUAGAGCCGAGCAACUACUCCACGGCUGCCGGCUUGGCGGUGGCUCCGGGCUAUGGCUUAGCCCCAGCGGUGGGCACUACAACAGCUUCAUCCGGCGCUGGUGUGGCAUCGGUCCCUGUUCCUGCAUUGCCUCCAUACGCCGGCAGCUAUAACACGGCCUCCUCGGGCAGCAGCAGUAGCAGCGGCAGCAACAAGAAGAAGCACAGCGAACGCGACAGGGACAAGGAGAGCAAGAAGAGCAAGGGUCAGGACUAUUCGAAAUACAAUGGAGCUGUCGGAGCAGGCAUCGGGGGUGGCGUUGGCGGCGGCGUAUUUGCUCCUCUCGGCGGUGCAGGCGCCGCACCCAACAUCUCCACGGCGAUGAGCCUGGCCUCGAGCAUGCCGAUGACCACCACCACAUCCUCCAUGCUGAUGACGCCCGCGAAUGCUGUUCUCCAUGCUGGCCUGCCACCGCCCGCCCUGCCCGUAUACAGCAAGAAGUAGCGUUGUGAGAUAGAGGAGGAGAAGAGGCAGGAGCUGCCACAGGAGAAAGGAAGAUAGAAACAAAAUGAGGAAGAGGAGGAGGAGAAGGAGGAGCUCCUACUUAACCCAUAAGUCGCACUUUUUGAUAAUUGUAUAGAGACCCCGUAAGCCGAUGCUAGGUUUAGUCGUUAGGAUUGUUGGUGAGAUGCAGAUUCAGAUGCAUUAGUGGCCUAAGUUAUUCUUGGUUCAUUUUACCACACCACAAAACCAGCAAACACACAAACCCGAGGAUCGAAGCCGAAUGGAAUCGAGUCGGAAACGAAGACGAAGUCGGAGAUGGACUUCGAUGGAGGCGGCUGAUCUGAUUCUCCAGUUGGAGAAUUUUAUCUAUAACUCAAAACUCAAUGAGCGAAAACUUUUGUACAGCAUUAAUUAAUUUAUAAUUAUACUACAUUACACGUACACCUAGACACACACACACACAAAAAAAACACACACACAUAAUAGUUGUAAACGCGUUGUUGGCAUCGGAAUCGAACUUAGAACCCAAGAAUCAGAGAAAUAGAAAGAAAAAUAGAACACACAGACAUAUACAGAGCAGAUCCUUCUCUAGCGAGGGCUUCUCGAUUAGUUGCAACCACAACACGGCCGUCUAGCAUUUAAGUUAGCAAAUCAACAAACCACAAACACCUAAUAUCUGAUGUAUAUAGCCACACCACCACACCACACACUCACACACACAAUUGAAUACACAAACGAGAGAGAGACACUCAAAAGAUAUAUAUAGGACCGACUUCCGCUUAGCAAAUAUACAAUACAAUAUAUAGUGCGGCCCCCCACUAAUUGCAGGCCGUUGCAGGAGGAGUUAAGGAGUUUCAGAAUAAUCCACACCGAACAGAAUAGAAAUACUAGCGGGAGGAGAAUAGAAAGGAGAAGCGAAGAAAGGGGAGAAGAUAAAGCCAGCGCUUUGAUUCAAAAUUAAAGACGCCAAACUAAAUAAUAAAUUAUUGAAUUAAAUCAUA